GUGAUUGUUUUCUUUGCUUUGUUGCGCGUGUUGGUCCGGCAGUUGGUCCCUGUUUCUAAGCGGUUUGCAAAAAUGGGGAAAGCCAAGAAAUUAAAGCUCCACCGCAAUAAAACCAACCCCACGGGGUUGAUGGACGUAAACGAGUUGAUUGAGCAGGGGCUUGCCGAAAGCGAGAAAUCCGGCACUCCGGUCGAAGCGAUUGUGGAGCAGCUAGAAUCAGCCGUUGUCGAGGAGAAAAUAUGCGGUUUGCAAUCGUUGGCUACCAUCUGCCAGGGAGAGACCAAUGUGGCCGAGCUGGUACGAAACAAUGUGAUCCGGAUAGCAUCAUCGCUGUUGGUGGAUCCGGAUCAAAGCGUACGGCAUGCGACUGCCGGUGCGUUGCGGAACCUGUCGGUGAUCAGUGUGGAGUUGUGCGAGUUCAUGGUCGAUCAGGACGUGUUGACGCCGCUGCUUGCAUUGUUAAACCGCUACCCGAGUAAUGGCCAAUGGACGCCCACGUUCGAUAAGAAUAUGCAGAAUCAGAUGGAUGAGCAUUCGGACACGUUUCUGCACGGUGUGAAUCUGCUGUGGAAUUUAUGUGAAAGUACUUCCGAUGCGUUGAACGCCUUCAAUCAGUCCCAGCUGUUGGAGAACUUUGUAGCUUUUCUGAACUAUAACGUGUAUGGGCAAGAAAUCGCAAUUGCCGUUGCUCAAUGUUUGCUGGUUGUUUCGGAGGACAAUGCUUUAUCGUGGCGAGUACUAGCCAACCAUGGUGGGGAACUAUUAUCACUUCUUACAGUCCAAGUAGUGGAUAAUUCAACGUUGAUGCUGCGUGCUCUAGCUGCCGGUAUUAUUGGGAAUGUUCCGGUACUAUUAAGCAGUCACACCAGUAAAGUUUUGAUCUGCGUUUCUAAAACGCUCGAGAUGAACCAUCGGUCGGCAUUGGGUAAUUUGACCAGUAUGCUACCCUUGGAGACGCAGAAAGAUGUGGUCGAUUUGGAAGUUACCGAUGAUGUUGUCUUCGACGAUGAAACUGAGGCCCAGUCGCAUCAGCGCCGGCGAAAGGCUGAUUUACCUUCCGAGGGAGAGCUAGAAGUGCGUGAUGUGGGAAGACUGUUGCAAUCCCAACGUAUAGCUGCCGAAAUAUUGACGAACAUUUGCUCUUCCGACGAUGACUGGCAGAGCGAAGGUAACGACAACGAUAACAAUGAAGGAUCAGAUGGGGAGAGUGUAUACGAUUACGACACGAACGGAUUAAACGAAAACGUCGAAAAUACGGACAAAAUAUCGAUCGAAGUGUUGGAAGCUAUAAAGUCACUGGCACUGGUUGAAAAGCUGUGGCAGAAGGCACAGCCCGUCGCUGAGAAUGUGUAUCAAAUUUUGGUCGAAUCGGAACAAGGUACAUUGAAAAAGUUGGACGCAAUGAGGAUCUCGGCCAUGCUGUGCCUUCACAAUCUGUGCAACAACAUCUCGACGGACGAUCUUGGUGGGCCGGCUGCCGUGUACAAUGUGUGGAUCGACCUAGGUCAGCAAGUAUUUCAGGGCCAGCGUAACAGUAAGCUGCUGGAAGCGUCAACAUCGCUGAUGCGAGCAGCACUGGAGCACUUGCGCAAGAGUCCGGAACUAUUCCAGCAGAUGACCGAGAACGAUUUGCAGCUGAUGUUGAACGGCGUUACUGGAUGCGAAGAUAUCGAGAUUCGUGCCAAUUGGCUAAGAAUGCUGGGCAUUUUGGGCUGUUUGCUACCGGAAACGCACGUGAAGGUGAUCAUUGAUUUCGUGCUGAACACGUGUGCCAACGAACCAGAUGUAUGGGUGUUGGCAGAGGCACUCGAUUCGAUGAUGGAUAUCUUUGCCGACAAUGAUUGGCACUCGAUAAUGUACGAGCUAGGCAUGAUCGCGAAGUGUAAGCAGCUGGAUCGUGUCAUGCGGGAGAAAAUGAAGCGAGACAAGCGGCAGCUUGGCGACCGGUUUCCUGCUGUUUCUACGGUACGUACAAAUUUAAGCCGGUUUUGCAAAUACUUAGAGACGGAACUGAAAACCUUCAAGCCAAACAUGGAAUCGUAGAAUGAAUGGGGUUAACAAUGCAUU